GUUUUGCACCGUACAAGAAGGAACCUUUAUUGAGCCACUGUUUCACUCUCCCUUCCCUCAUCUGCUCUGUUUUACUGCUUAUAUAAACACAGCCCCCCUCGCUCGAUCACUUGAAUUUCAAGAACCCUGUUCUCGUCUUUCAUACUUCUCUACGUUCCAAGAAGCUAGUUGAAAUGAACAUGCUCCACUAUAAUUAAGCCUUUUCCUUGCUUGUUCCGUCUAUUAGUUGCUCUGCUCAGCUUCUAUUCUCUACUACUUUCACCUUUCCUUCUACCAGUUUGCUUCCUUACAAAUGCCUAAGGUGAAAUAAUCUUUCUUGUUGGCUUUAGCCUCUUUAAUCACUCCAUUAGAUAUAUCUACAUGUUUUGUUUUUCUCUGUUUACUUAAUCGGUUACCAUUUACUCUUUGAGUUUGUGUAUGCUAAUGAUGUUUUAGAAAUUUACGAGUAUUAAGUUUAGAGCUUAACUUUGUAGGUUCCAUCCUUUUCGUAGGGUUUUGAGGGAUAGAUAGAUAAGAUGGUCAUGGAUCGUAAUUACACAGGACACUCUGAUUACCAAAAUGAUUCCACAUUUGAUGAAACGAUCAUGUUCCCAAAUUCAGAUCAAUACCCAGUCAUUGAGCUCGGAUUUGAAUUCAAUACCCCUUCUCCUGAUCUCAGCUUCAUCAAUCUUGAUAGUGAUCCUGAUAGUUUUGGACUAUCCUUUAAUUUGAAUCCAGCGGGGGAGCCAUCUGUUCCUUCAACGAGCUUGAGCCCGGAUGGAGGGUUACUUGAUCCCUCAACGGGCUUGAGUCCCGAGGCGGAAGCCUCCUCUCUUUCUGAGGAUAGUGAUUCCACUGACCCGCUUCUCAAGUACAUAAGCCAGAUGCUUAUGGAAGAGAACAUGAAAGAUCAGCCACACAUGUUUCAUGAUCACUUUGCUCUAAGCGCCACCGAGAAGUCAUUGUAUGAUGCACUCGGUGAGCAGUAUCCUCCUCCUCUCAAUUCGUCCCAGUCUUAUCUCAACCAUGAGAGCCCUGACAGUAAUAUUUCGGGAACUUGCAGUAAUUGUGGUGAUAAUACCAGUAAUGGAAUUAGCACAGGCACUAGCAGUUUUACCACUGAUUUUUCUAAAGAACCUCAGUGGGUUGGUGGUGACGCCGAUGUUGGAGCGUCGAAUCCAUCUUUCCAGAGAACCUCUCUUCUCGGUGAUAACCAUCUCCAGUCCAAUUUGCGGCCCAAUAUGCAAUUUUCAGUGAGUCCAUCGAAUGGUUUCACCGAUUCGCGUGACAGCCUUAUGGGUUCCUCUGCGGGUGAGAUGGUGCAGAAUAUGUUUAGUGAUAUGGAAUCUGUUUUGCAGUUCAAGAAAGGGUUAGAGGAAGCUAGUAAGUUCCUUCCUAGUGCCAGUCAACUGGUAAUUGAUUUGGAGACAAAUGCAUUUUCCACGUGGAAAAAGGAGAAGACUCCUAGAGUAGUGGUGAAGGAGGAGAAAUCUGAGUCGGACAGCUCGCCUAAUGGUUCGAGGGGUAGGAAGAAUCAUGAGCGAGAGGAUUCAGAUCCAGAAGAAGGAAGGUCUAAUAAGCAGUCUGCGGUGUAUGUGGAAGAGGGUGAACUAUCGGAGAUGUUUGAUAAGGUAUUGCUUUGGACUGGGGAACAAUGCUGUGGCAAUGACGCUGACCAGGAAGUAGGAUGCAAGAGCUUGCAGCCAGAUGAACAAUCAAAUGGAUCCAGUGGUGGGAAAAACCGUGCUAAAAGACAGAACAAAAGGAUGGAAACAGUGGACCUGAGGACUCUUCUGAUCCUUUGUGCACAAGCUAUCUCCGCCAAUGACUUCAGGACUGCUAAUGAACUACUGAAACAGAUCAGGCAGCACUCUUCUCCAUUUGGUGAUGGGACUCAGAGAUUGGCUCAUUUCUUUGCCAAUGGUCUUGAGGCACGCUUGGCUGGUAGUGGCAACGGAACCCCAAAUUUUAUCACUUACCUUGCUUCAAAGAGGACAACAGCUGCUGAUAUGUUGAAAGCCUACAAAACCCACCUUCGAGCCUGCCCCUUUAAGAAACUUUCAAUUGCCUUCGCAAUCAAAAUGAUUUUGCAUGCUGCUGAGAAAGCAACUACUCUCCAUGUUGUAGAUUUUGGUGUCCUCUACGGUUUUCAAUGGCCAAUUCUUAUCCAGCAACUCUCUCUGCUACCUGAUGGCCCCCCAAAGCUACGCCUUACUGGAAUAGAGCUGCCCCAACAUGGUUUCCGGCCAUCAGAAAGAGUUGUGGAGACAGGACGUCGCUUGGCCAAGUAUUGUGAGCGCUUUAAGGUUCCAUUCGAGUACAAUCCUAUUAUUGCACAAAACUGGGAAAAAAUCCCAAUUGAGGACCUCAAGAUUAAUAGAAAUGAGGUGCUUGCUGUGAACUGUCUAUGUCGGUUUAAGAAUCUACUCGAUGAGACAGUAGAUGUGGACUGCCCAAGGGAUGCUGUUCUUAAAUUAAUUCGGAAGAUAAAUCCUGAUAUUUUUGUUCAUACUAUUAUCAAUGGAUCAUACAAUGCUCCCUUCUUCCUCACACGGUUCCGGGAGGCACUAUUCCAGUUCUCCUCAUUAUUUGACAUAUUUGAUUGUACUUUACCUCGAGAAGAUCAAGAGAGGAUGAUGUUUGAGAGAGAAUUCUUCGGACAGGAUGCAAUGAAUGUUAUAGCUUGUGAGGGUCAGGAAAGGGUUGAGAGGCCGGAGACAUACAAGCAGUGGCAGGUCCGGACUGUGAGAGCCGGGUUCAAGCCUCUCCCAUUUGACCAGGAGCUCAUGACAAAGGUUAGGGGCAAGUUGAAGAGCUGUUACCACAAGGAUUUUGUAGUUGAUGUAGACAACCACUGGAUGCUGCAGGGAUGGAAGGGUCGAAUAAUUUUUGCUUCCUCUUGUUGGGUGCCUGCAUAGGAGCAUUGGACAGAAUUUGAACUUGGAAUGGAGAGCUGUAAGUUUCUUCAUUAGCUGGACAGGAACAAUUAGUUUCAAAUUCAGACUGAAGAUGAUCCGUCGGGCUACCUAGCUCUUGAGAAAACCCUUUGAAGUUUUAGACUUAAUUUGUAAUUUCUGGACCUUCAUUAUCCUUUUAUAUAUAAAAAAAAUGCGAUGGUUGAUGGCUUGUUCGUCCUUGUCUAAAGCUUUACUUUCCGAAGGCCACUGGGGAGGAUGUGCUUCUUACAGUGAGCUUUGGGAACAAGCUUGAAACCCUCUUAUGUUUGAAGGAUGUAAAUUCAUUACUGGCAACUGGUUUUUGUUGGGAAACUUUGUAGUCAAGUCAUGUAGUUUUUGUCUAGAA